AAGAUAUUAUAUCCGGGUUCUUUACAAAUUUUCUCCGACAGGAUUUGUGUUUAUGGAUUAGAUUUUUUAGUAAAUUUCUUCUUUGAGAGUUAGGAUUUCGUGAUGGCGGGGGUUCAAGUCAAAGAGGGAGAAUAUACAACGACAAUUUAUGGAAUGAUCAAAAAUCAAAAGUUCCAUGAAGCUAUUCAAAUCCUGUCACAGGAGUUGGAAAACCAUCCUAAGUCCAGAGCAGCACUGUCUCUGUUAGGAUACUGCUACUUUCAGGUUCAAAGCUUUGAUGCUGCAUCUGACUGCUAUGGCCAGCUGACACAGAUACAUCCCGAAGUUGACGAAUACAAGUUGGCCUAUGCUCAGUCUUUGUACAAAGCAUUCAUGUAUCCAGAAGCGAUGAAGGCAACAUUUCAGAUUGAAAAUCCUACAUACCAUUCAAAGGUCCUGAAACUCCAAGCUGCUAUAAAGUAUGGAGAAGAGGAUUUACAAGGGGCCAAGAGUAUGGUGGAGCAGUGUCCUGCCGAUGAUCCUGAUACAGAAGUUAAUCUAGGAUGUCUUCUUUACAAGGAGGGUCGAUAUGCUGAGGCAUGUCAGAAAUUCCAGACUGCAAUGAAUAUUCUUGGAUAUCAACCAGAUCUGUCGUACAACAUAGCACUGUGUUUUUACAGCUUGAAGCAAUAUGCACCUGCACUGAAGCACAUUGCUGACAUAAUUGAGAGAGGAAUCAGAGAGCACCCAGAAUUAAGUGUUGGCAUGACAACAGAAGGUAUUGAGGUCAGAAGCGUGGGGAAUACCAAGGUCUUACAUGAAACUGCUCUGAUUGAAGCAUUCAACCUUAAAGCAGGGAUUGAAUACCAGCUGAAGAAUUUUGAUUCUGCCCAGGAGGCUCUUACUGAUAUGCCUCCAAGAGCUGAAGAGGAACUUGACCCAGUUACAUUACAUAACCAAGCCCUAAUGAACAUGGAGGCAAAUCCAACACAGGGAUUUGAGAAGUUGCAGUUUCUGUUACAGCAAAAUCCAUUCCCUCCAGAAACAUUUGGGAAUCUCUUGUUACUUUAUGCUAAGUACCAGUAUUUUGAUCUAGCUGCUGAUGUGUUGGCCGAGAAUGCUCACCUGACUUAUAAAUUCCUCACACCAUACAUGUAUGACUUCUUGGAUGCUAUGAUCACACAGCAGACAUCUCCAGAAGAGGCAUAUCGGAAAUUAGAUGAUAUGGCCACAAAACAGACAGAAACCUUGAGGAAACUUACCAAACAGGUUCAGGAGGCAAGACAGAACCACGAUGAUGACACUGUGAAGAAAGCUGUCAAUGAAUAUGAUGAAGCACUUGAACGGUAUAUCCCGGUAUUGAUGUCUCAAGCUAAGAUCUACUGGGAUCUUGACAAUUAUGCACAAGUAGAAAAGAUAUUCAGAAAGUCUGUUGAGUUCUGUAAUGAACACGAGGUCUGGAAGUUGAACGUUGCUCACGUGUUAUUUAUGCAAGAAAAUAAAUACAAGGAGGCUGUUGGUUUUUACGAACCGAUCGUUAAGAAACAUUACGACAAUAUCCUCAGUGUCAGUGCUAUAGUGUUGGCGAAUCUCUGUGUGUCAUACAUCAUGACCAGUGCCAACGAAGAGGCGGAGGAAUUAAUGCGAAAAAUUGAGAAAGAGGAGGAACAAGUUGCUUAUGAUGAUCCUGAUAAGAAGAUUUAUCAUCUUUGUAUAGUUAACCUUGUUAUCGGCACCUUAUAUUGUGCCAAGGGAAACUACGAAUUUGGAAUCUCCAGGAUUAUGAAAAGCUUGGAACCUUAUAAUAAGAAGCUUGGAACAGAUACAUGGUUUUACGCUAAGAGGUGCUUUUUGUCGCUCUUAGAGAAUAUGGCCAAGCAUAUGAUUAUGUUGCGGGACAGCGUAAUCCAGGACAUCAUUCAGUUUUUAGAGCAUUGUGAAGUCUACGGUAAAAAUGUUGCCGCAGUGGUCGAACAGCCCUUAGAGGAAGAAAAAAUGCACCCAGGGAAGAACACAGUCACGUUUGAGGCCAGAGAAUUAAAAAGCUUGUUCAUGCGCUUAGUUUGAAUUGUUGCGAAGGACAACAGACAAAUUGUAAAUAGUGAUCGUUCAGAGAUUGUAUAGUGUACCUUUUCUUGAGCAAACGCUCUCAAGUAUGGUAUCCAGUGAUCGUCGUUACGUUUACCUUAACAAAAGCUAAAAAAAAUCACUCCGGGCUAUUGUAGCAAACGCAGAUGGAAACGAGAUAUUUACGGCUGCAAAUUGAGCUAAUCCAGGAUUUUGAUUUCAGCUUUAUGACUUUUCAGAUUUAAAGAUUUUUGUUUACAUUUUUGCCAUUAGACUGAUCUCCUUAGCACUGGAAAACACUUUUAGCCAAGAACAUUUUAACUUGGAGUGACGUUCGAUCCUGGAUUAGCUCCUAUCGCUUUUCAGUAUCCCGGCCAAAAACUCCAAGGGUAAACUUACAACCGGCGCCAAGCGCGUGAAAACGUGCAACAGGCGCCAAGCACGGGGAAACGUGCAACAGGCGCCAAGCGCGGGAAAACGCGCGUAAACAGACUCGUUAUUGGGUGGAGCAAAGGCGUGUUCGUUCUUAUUGGUAGGAACACUCAAAAGCUUGGCCACAGCGAAACCAAAGCCACUAAACGCAGCUACUAAAGGCUCAGUGGUAUUCACUAGCGCAUGUGCGUUUUAGGAGAUUUUCUAGCAAAAGGCGCUGUUUAUUAACGUCAUACUGAGUCAGUGUAUGUAGCUUAAGCUUCUGUCCUUCUCAGCGUAGUCAGGUUUUACUUGCUAUAGUUGACGAAGUAGUGACAUGCAAAUAAACUGGAAAUGUAGUCUUGUAAAGUGUAAAUAAAGUCAUUCUUCAGCUGUAGGA